AUGAAGCCAUUAAAAUUCAUCAUUCGAGUGUUAAGUGAUUGCUUUGCACCAACUCCAUUUCCUCGUCCCAAUGAAUCCAGACUUGCUUUCAUGGUUUGUGUAAUUAAAAUUAAAGUUCGUUCACGUGGUUGGCAAAAAGCAGUCAACAGAGUAUUGAAAAGCACUAACGGAGUUCGUCAAUUCAAAUUGACAGAAGGUGGAGAAGUGACAGUAUCAGGGAUGGUAGAUCCAACUCUGCUAAUGAAAAAUCUUGCUAAAUCUGGCAAAUCUGCAGAAUUACAAUGGAUUCAAUAUGGUCAAUGUUCCAGCAAUUUGUUUCUUCCUCCAAAACCCCCAAUCAAUGGAUUCCAAAAUCAAGGACCAUUUCGUAAUUUCAGUUACUCCAGGUUUGCUCUGCCCCAGCACGCCGGAUACUACGGCCUACCUCCGCCUCCGCCUCCACCCUAUGCACCUUAUUCCAUCGCUGAGCCGCCGCCGCCGGUGUUAUAUGAGCCUGAUUCUAGACAGGGUCAUAUUAGUAAUUGCAAUACUAUGUAACUAGACUAAAAUUAAAAGAUUUUUGUUUGGUAUCAACGUUGGAGCUUGAUUAUUUUAGAGUUUGAACGUUGUAAGGCCAUCAUUUUAAAGGUCGUGCUUUCAGCUUAUUUUUAUUUUAUUUUUAUAACUUACACUCAAAAU